UUGGGUUCAGGACUAAAAAUAUCAGACCUCUCCUUCUUCUCUCUCUGUUGUGUGUCAGUCCGUCUGUAAGACUGUACUCUGUAGUUGUUAUUGUCCUUUCCCUAUAAUCCUUUCUCUUUUGGAAAAGAUCGAGCGAGAAAACCAGAAAUCACCUUUUUGUUUCUCGUCUCCUUCUUCAAGAGACAAGAGAGAGAAGAGAUUCAGCAAACCAGCUUUCCCUCGUUGAAGUCUAAAAUCUGGAGAGAGUGAGAAACCUUUUCUGUCGUCAGCAUCCCUGUCUGUGCCGUUUCUUUUACAUAGAAAAAUGCAGGCAGUGAGGGCAGUUUGAACGUUCUUAUGCCUUGUUAUAAUUUUCCUCAUUACUUUCUCUGUUCAAGUCUGUCUUUUCUUCUUCUCUCCUCUGUUUUCCAGAGAAAUUGCAGAGAUAUAACGAAAGAAAAUGGCCGAGUUUAUACGGGAUCCGCAAAGUCCUGAAGAAGAGCAGGAGCAGCCAAUUAACGUAAAAGGAAAAGAAGAUGAUGAGCAACGACAACAGCAGCAGAAUAGAGAAACCCAGAAAUGUCUCUGCGAUUUCUGUGGAGAAUUGAGAGCACUGAUCUACUGCAGGGCCGAUACUGCUAAGCUCUGUAUCUCCUGCGACCAUGACGUCCACUCGGGUAACCCACUCUUUGGAAAGCACUCUCGGUCGCAACUUUGCGAUGCUUGCGCUUCAAACCCGGCUUCAAUUUACUGUUCCACGGAGAAUCUCGUCCUCUGUCAGAACUGUGACUGGGACAGUCAUGGUGGUUCUUCAUCCACGCUUCACGACAGGAGACCCCUUGAAGGGUUUUCUGGCUGUCCUUCGGCGAUUGAGUUAUCUUCCAUUCUUGGGUUUGAAGACGUAGGGUACAAGUCUCUGUUACUGAGAGAGGAUGACCCUGAAGGGAAUUCAUUUGUUUCUGUCCACUAUGGAUCGAUGGGUGAUAAGCUCACUGAUGAUUUGGCAUGGGACACUUCUGUUGUAAGUCUCGACAAUCUGAUUGUUUCGACUAAUUUGAGCCAAAAUUUCCAGGCAAUAGGGAUCCCUCCUCCGCCCAAGAACCGAAAAACAGCUUGUGGGAAACACAAGGAAGAGAUGCUCCAUCAGCUCUGCAAACUAGCAAAGUUGGAAAGCUUAAGCAGCAUGAACAUUGAACCUGGGGAGAUCGAAUCACUUCUUGGGUUAGAAACUCCAAUUCUGGAACAAAAUCUACAGAGUGGAUACAUGCAUACAGGAAUUGAACACAACACAGGGAUAACAUUAUUAUCUGGUUACGAUGCAAGUGUACUUCAAUGGCAUGGUGACUGUGGUGAGCCAGCAGAUCAAGUUCCAAUUUCACUCACUUAUUCAGAGAACCAUUUAGAGGAAAGCCUGUUGGUUCUUGGCAAACCUACUGAAGAUUGUGGCACUGUAAGCCAUGCCAACGCUGGCUACAAAGAGCAGUCACAAUGUCCCAUUGUUACAGAGAGCUUACCAAUCUUGGCAAGAACUUUUCAACAUGAGUUAACUAGAAUUGACAGGGGCUCAGUGAUCUCAAGGUACAAAGAGAAGAAGAAAGCAAGAAGAUAUGACAAGCAUAUUCGAUAUGAAUCCCGGAAAGUUCGUGCAGAGAGCAGGACAAGGAUCAAAGGGCGUUUUGCCAAGGUGGAUAACAUAAGUACUGGCACAUAAAAGAGACAACUCACUUGGAGUUUUUUGGAGCAUUUCAAUCUAGUUUUAGUAUUCUCUACUCUUUUCAGAGUGUUCUUUUAUUGUUUUGUUUUGCAGAUUAAUAUCUGAAAGAUAAGCAGUGGCAGCUAAAUUUGCUUACAGAUACACAUCUCACUUUUUUGUUUUUAUUGUUUUUUUUUGUGCCCCAUGAAAAUGUGAAACUGUAUGGAAAUUGAGGUAAUUCAUAUCUCAUAUUUGAGAAAUGACUGCCUAAAAUAAAUCUCUGCUUGGUUAUCAGAGUUUUACCUA